AUGGCACCGGUAGAGAAGAAAGUCAAGAAACCUAUCGUCAAGUUUCCACGGAAAUCGACUUCGAACGCGACCCUAGGCACCCCAGGCACUGCUGAGAAGGUCAAACAUAAACGGACAGGAACCAAGUCCUCGAAAAGGCCGCUGCCCACGGAGAAUAAACAGGCAUCACCUUCUGUCGCCGCUCCGAAAAGAAGGAAGAAGACCCAGACGCCUCGCGCCAGUUCAUCCAGCGCGCUGAACGGAGAUGUCGAGCCACCGCCAUCCGAAAGUUCUGCGUCCUCCGAAGAGCCAGAAUACAUACUUGCUGAGAUAACUACAGUGGACGGACCGACGAACCGCAAAGUCAUCUCCAAGACCGCUCAUCCACGAGUUGAUUACAAGCUCGUAACGACACUGUUGCAUGAGGUCUCCUUUAAGAAGAAGAAGACCCGAAUAACGAAGGAUGGGGUGAAGAUGUUUGCAAAAUAUAUAGAAAGUUUUGCCAACGAGGCCAUCAGCCGUUCACUGGAAGAGAAUCGCGCGGGAAAUACCAUAGAUUUGAUGGAUACGUCUGCGACAAAGAGGACGGAAACGGGACACAAGAAAUAUUUGGAGGUAGAACAGCCUCCUCUUCUUCGCACUUUGCCCGCUCCAAUGUGCCAAUUACGGCUAUUCCUUCGCCCUUGA